AUGAAGCCGAACGCACAUUUAGGGAAUCCUGCGCCGUUGGCCAUGGGUGGUUUUGCCACAACCCUGCUCAGCGUCUCGCUGGCGAUGAUGAACUUUCGUGGUGUGUCGGUGCAGACCAUGUUUGUUGGGAAUCUCUGUUUCGUGGCCUGUAUUGGCCUGUUGAUCAGUGCGCAAUGGGCCAUGGUGCAAGGCGACACGUUUACAUAUACUGUGCUGACAGCCUUUGGCCUUUUUUAUGGCGGCUAUGGCGCUGUCAUGAUACCUUGGUUCGGGGUAGUGGAAGCGUAUGGAGGGUACACGAGCGAGUUCUACAACUCGUUCGGCUUCUUUAUUCUCACUUGGGCCAUUCUGAACCUAUUCUUCUUGAUGGCCUCGAUUCGCAUCUCAAUUGUCUACAUCAUGGUAUUUGUAUGCAUAGAACUCUGCUUGGUGGUUGAUGCAUCAUCGCAGUUCGCCAAGGCGGACGGUUAUGACAUGACAUACACAAAAAUGCAAAAGGCCGCGGGCGCGUUUGGAUUCCUUGCGAGUAUCCUAGGUUACUAUUCUACUGCGCAUUACCUUCUCGCGGACGGAUUUGGCUUCCACUUACCUAUGGGGGAUACAUCGGCCAGAUUCAAGUCAAGGGCAAACAAUACUGCAAAGGAUCUGGAGGCAUAG